GCUAGGCAGCCUCGGGUCUCGGUGGGGGGAGAAGGGACUCGCUAGAAGUCUUCCCUCUAAUAUCUAGCUCUCCUGGUUACUUGGUCUGGUCUCUUUUUUAAAGGAAGGAAGAUGUUCAGAAAGAGGACGGAAAUCAUUCUUAUUUAAAUUGAAACUUAGGACACAUUUUGUUUUCGGAUGGAAAUCAGGAAGGUCAGCGAUUUAGACUCAAAGUUUGGGAGCUCCUGAGCUGACUGUUUCAACAGGCUUUGAAUAAACAAAAAAGGAAUCAAGAAAAUGACCUAAUUAGCAGCAAGCGUGACGGACAACCGGGUGCAAAUGUGUUGGUCGUAAAUUCCCUCAGUUUCACCCGCAAGGAAGACACAUGCAUCAGCGCACAAACACGUACGACACAUUUGCAAACCCCGCCCUUCCCUUCCUGCCGUCCGUCCCGGUCCUCCAUGGAUUCCUACAGCUUCCACUUUGAGAGAAUGAGCAACGUGGACCUGCAUCCUCUGAGCCUGCCUGUCAGCCGGCUCUCCCCAGCCAAGUCCAACAGCAGCAUCGCCGACCAGCUUGCCCACCACCAGCACGGCAAAGGAGACUCCGCCUACAGCUCCUUCUCUGGCGGGUCCACCGCCCCAGACUACCCCUCGCCCUUCCUCCCAGACGACCUACAGUCCAGCUCCUUCGGCCACUAUGCUGAUCUUAAAUACGUGAAGUCCAUUUACAAUCCGACCCAGGUUCUGCAGUCUGACUCAAAGACCAUGGACCAGCUCUAUCGCUCUGUGGAAGCUAUCUCACAGCAGUAUCGCAGCACCAACGUAAACCACCACAACCAAAAUGGCAGUUUCCAUACCAACAACAAAGCCCUCUCUAAAAAAGAGUUGCCUCCAUCCCAAGGUGCUUACCCUCCUGUCCGUCCUCCUCCAGUCCCAGCACGCCUGGAUAGUUUCAUAGCCACAAAAAACUUGGAAAACAGCAGGGUCCACCAUCAAGGCACUGAGUUUCAACCCCAGCAGCCACAGCCUCAACAACAGCCCAGACCCCACAACCGACUCCACGCCCCAAAACCUGACACGGCUAAGCCAGAUACAGGCAAAUCCAGCUUCAAUUCUGACCCAGUGUACUCAGUUUGGAGGGGCUCUCAACAACCACAGGCUCAGCAGCCGCCGAUCUACCGACCCCACCUCCAGCCUCAUGAUCAGACCAGAGCGCCGUUGACCCCAGAGUACAUUUUCAUCCCGGAUAACAAAGCUGACUCUGAGCAGCAGAAGUCAACAAACAUCCUAAGCCGAUCACCUCCCCGAGGCCAGGCUGAGCACCUGAAACCCAGACAGCCCCCAAGCAGCGGUGGAUGUAACGGAGACCAUCACAACAAGCCCACUGGACAUUUUGAGAGUCAGCGCAAAAGGUCGCACUCGGCUCACGAUUGGCUUGGUUCAGAGCCGACCAGACCCGCCAGCCCUUACAAUGCCAGUCAGAGCUUUAUCAACAGCAGCAUCCAGCAUAAGGGUCAGUUCUACUUUGUUACGGGACUGUGUAAGCUGUCUGACUCGGCAUCUGUUUGUGGGUCUGAGUCUGGGAGUGAGAGCUCCACUGUGGUGGAGACACACCGGCUGAGAGACAAAGAAAGAUCCCACAGCACGAUGGAUAAUUUGUUUAGCUCUCGCUCUUCCAGCGGUUUGAUUUCAGAUGAGAGAGAGGCUUCCCAGAGCAAGGACAUGUCCUCCAGGAGCCAGGAUCAGGAGAAUCACAGACUGCCCCUCAUCUCGACGCAGUCCUCUCGAAGCUUGGACGCCUUAGAAGAAAUCGACAUGAUGCAGGGUCGAGAUAUCAGCCGCCACACUGCCAACAACCCUAUAUUCUACUGUGGACCUGACAGAAACUGCUCGCCACAUUCAACCAAACAAACCAACAACGAACAGCCCAACUACCACAAGAGAGAGGAGCAGGCGAAGAGGGGGAAACGGCAGCCGUUGGGGGAUGUAGCCAGCGAGAGGAUAAACAAAGAAACAACCCCGCUUCUGUACCACCUCACUGGAGCCAGCAGGGCGGCGUUACAGCCUAAAAAGGAUGCUGAUUUCAGUAUAAAAGGCAAGGAAGCAAUCCUGAACAAAGCAAGUCAUGGAGACGCGGCGGUUAACGAUGAGGCGAGACUUCCAAAAAGUGACACAAGCAAGAACGAUAGAGAGGACGUCGUCUCCGUUGCCUGUAACACCCUGGAUGACUCAUUUAAAAAGUACUACAAAGAGAAGCUGAAGGACGCCCAGUCAAAAGUCCUAAAGGAGACGUCAUUUAAAAGGAGGGACCUGCAGCUGUCGUGGCCACACCGCAUCCGGCAAAAACCUGAGCUGAGGCCUACGGUGAUUCACGCUUUCUCCUCAUCACAGGACUCCGAGACGUCCACAGAUACACUCACUCCCUCUGUGACCUCCGAGGAGACAGAGAGGGGGAGCAUCAAAGAAGAGGAGAGUCAGGAGGAGAGGGACAAAGAGACGGAAAAGGAAAACGGGAGACCGGCGAAUGUGGCCCAGCCCCAGGUGGCACGCAUCGGAGGCAGGAAGCGGUUGACUCCAGAGCAGAAGAAGAUAUGCUACUCUGAACCGGAGAAACUCCACCAGAUUGGCAGGGCUCCCGUCCACUCUGCAUGCCGCUCCUUUGGCAACGAAAGCGACGGCCAGUUUGCAGUCGAGGGAGAGGAGCAUGUACAGCAAGGAGAGCAGGGACUGGUUGCAGCGCGAAGGAAGAUGUUUGAGACGAGAGGUAGAGCGCUUUCAGCUCCCAGCUCUUCAAAGACGAACUUAAAGAAUCUGCAGCACAAGGCCCUGGUGGCGUACAUGGAGCGUAAGACGGGCCAGAAAGUGGCUGAGCCGCAGCAACCAGAGCCUCAGGUACCGUCUCCUUCCAGACAGAGACACUCUCUGGGGGAGAAACCCUUCGACUGGGUUCCCAGGCCUCUAUCAGGAAAUCAUGAAGGCAAGCAGAAGAAGCUCUACAGACCCCACUCUGCAGGCCGCAUCCUUGACUCCUCCACCAGCUCCCUCAGGUACGCCCAGUUCUUCUCAGCUCAGUCUUGUUCAGGCCAAUAUGCCGGCCAAUUGAAUCAGUCCAGAUGGAAGGAGAGCCAAGGUCCAUCUCAGGGGAAGUCCGCCUCAGUGGAGAGUCUUUUGGAGCAGCCAGAACCAACGAGUUUCUUCAGGAACAGAUCCACAUCCACACCACAAGCAUUUCAGGCACUCGACUAUGAGGAGGAUCCAUUACCAGUUACUACUAUGGAGACCUGGAGUCCCCAGACGAAUGCCACGGAGGACUCCUUAAUAAAGCCAGUCCCUGAGGGCCAGCAGCGUGUCCGUGUGGUCGCACAGCGGGGGAAGUCCAUGGAAGAGCUCGGGGCAUCAAAGUUAACAAGACCAUCAGCCCUGAGUAGAAGUUCUGAGCAGCUGGAUCAACUGUGGAGGGAUUCGACUGGACCAGGAGAACCGGACAGAGACAAGAGGAGUGUUUUAGUCUUUGCUGAAGUCAGAGAAGCCCAGGGGCAGGACCGAGGGAGGAAGAAGCAAAAUGUAGCAAAGCAAGCGGGGAAAGAACCAGAGAUUGUUGGUGAGAAGAGCACUCAGGGACAAACCCAAAACCAAACCCAGAAAACGUCUUUGUUGAACUCAGAACCAGGGGAGGAAGCCACAGUAGGAACAAGGAACUCGAGUAGAUCCACCUCCCCGGCCUCUUGCUCCUCAUCCCGGGCAAGGGUUCACUCUGGAUCUCCUGGUUCUCACGGCCCGGGCACAGAUGAGUUCAGGUCCAGUAGACUGCCCAGUGAGACUUCAUCUGACCCACCUUCCCCCAGAUGUCUAGAGACCAGUGAGAGGGAGAUCAAGUCCACCUCGUCCACCCCCACACAGACAAAGCUUCCUUGUGAGAACCGGCCUAGCUCCAGUAGAGUGAGGACUUCUCCGUGUGUGACUGGAUCAGAGACAGAGCAGUCGGUGGAUGAACCGAGCAGUGACGCCCUGCAGCCCGAUUCAAACCACGAAGUGUCUCUGAGCUGCGGCGUCACCACAGAUCCAUCGCUGUGGAUUCUCCCUCCAGAGGAAGAGAUCAAAGAGGAAGUCCAGGCUUCGCCGCUGAUAGACGUUUUUGCCAACGAGUCCACCAUCUCGGCCCCUCCGACGCAGACAAGCGAAACCUCUGUGUCUCCCUGCGCCUCCGUCUCCGACGCAGACAUCAGUCAGCAGGUGGAGGAGGAGGAGGAGGAGGAGAAGGAGGAGAAGGAGGAGGAAAAUCCAGAAGAUGAGAAGCCGGGAGAGAACCAGGAGAUGGAGGAGAGGGGAGCACCGGAGGGAAAGACGGAGAGCGUGGAGAGGCCCGCCGAGAGACCUCAGUGGGAGGAGCUGGUAGAAGCGGCAGUCAAGGCCGACCAUUCGCUGGCCAGAGUGCUCUACCCGCUGUCCAAUCGUAAAACAGCGCUGAUGCUGAUGGAGCAGCUGCUGUCAGAGGACACGCUGCUGAUGGAGGAGCACUACAAGAAGAAACAGGAGCAGAAAGGAGCAGCAGAAAGUGCUGAAAUGGUCGAAGCAGCUGAACCACCUCCGUGUCCUUCUGCUCCCGACAGCCUUAAACCUCAGAGUACAGACCCGCAGAGCAAAGCUGACAUCACUGAGAAAAAGCGUCUGUUAGCGUGCUGUAUCGAGGAGCGUCUGCAUUCGCUGGAGGAGACGCGUGGCGCCCUGCAGACAGAGAUCCAGGAGAACGUGGCCCACGGAAAGCGUCUGGAGGUGCUGGUCCGGGAGCGCUGUCUGCCCAUGGAGCUGGAGCGGUACAACCUGUUCAUAGGCGACCUGGAGAGGGUGGUCAGCCUGCUGCUGUGUCUCUCUGCUCGGCUGGCCAGGGUGCAGAACGCCCUGAGCACCGUCGACCAGCACACAGAUGCUGAGGACAAGCAAUCUAUGGACAGUCGCCACCGUCUGCUGUGCAAACAGAGGGAGGACGCCAAAGACCUGAAAGACAACCUGGACCGGAGGGAGAACCUGGUCUCCACCUUCCUGUCGCGCCAGCUGUCCGCCGAGCAGCUGCAGGACUACCGGCGCUUCGUGCAGACCAAGGCCUCGCUGCUCAUCAGGCAGAAGGACCUGGAGGAGAAACAGAGGCUGGGAGAGGAGCAGCUGGAGGCGCUCUCCAACUACCUGUGAAGGGAGGAGCAACGGAAAGCACAGAUUCCUCCUUUCUUUCUUUUUUCUUGACUUGCCUUGAAGUAGGAUGUUUCAAAAAGACUUGUAGAGGCUGUACCGUUCACGUGGAUUAUAAGAGGUCCAGCUGAACACUUUGCACCGUGUUUUGACUUUUCUUUUCUUUCCUGCUGCUCUCCUCUCACACCACUAUACAGGCUGCACAUGAGAUGAGCAUUAGAGACUGUUGAGACUAAAGCUCCCUGCCUUUCUGUCGUCUACCGAGGGUGCUCGGAACGCUCACCCAAUCUCCGCCCAAUGUCUGCACAAUCUGCAAUGUGCACCCGAAGACUUUCCCCACAUGUUUCCGUUGACUUUGAGCAGAGGACUGAGCUGUUUUUUUUUUUUUUCUGUGUGCCUUGAUGUUGCUGUGGAACGUUUUCCAUAGAGAGGCGAAGUCCCGCCCCUUACGGUGGACACAAUGGGAUUUUUUCAUCCCGUUUUAAUUACGCCAUGAAUCACACAUAUGAUGUUUGUCAAUUUAUCAAAGAUAAUUUAGCAAGUCAAGAAAGUCGCAGUUUGUCGUAGUAUCGUUUAGCUUUGUGUGAAACCACUCAGUGAACUACAUCUCUCGUCCACACGCAAAUGUAAAGGGAU